AGAUUAAUCCAAAACCUUUACUAUUUCUUAAACCAGGAGGAUUUUAUCUUGACAGAAAAACUACUUUUAUUCAGUAUGUAUUUUCUGAAAUUAAAGCAGAGAGACAAGAAAAUACAUGAAGAUGUUUAAUAAACAAUGUCUACUCUUUUCUGAUGAGGAUAACUCAGCGAUGUUAAAUCCUUUACAGAUCCCUGGUUGUGGUCCUAAAGAUAAGACUCUCUUUUGAUGGGACUGAAAUUAAGAGAAGUGGGACUUUUUUUGUGUGCAUUCAACUCUCAGUGAUAGAAUUUAUAAUCAUCAGCAUGAGUGGCUUAAAAGAAGAAAUAAAGAAGCUUUCAACUAAAUCCAAAAGUGCAGUCAUUUUUUUACUGCUGUUAUUUUAAACGGCUCUUCAUAACCAUUUAAAAAGGAUUGACAACUGUUUUUAAAGAUUAAAGAAAGGCAGAUGUCUGCAAAUAAUUCCCCUCCAUCAGCCCAGAAGUCUGUAUUACCUGCAACAAUUCCUGCUGUGCUUCCAACUCCUUCUCCAUGUUCAAGUCCUAAGACUGGACUUUCUGCCCGCCUCUCUAAUGGAAGCUUUAGUGCACCAUCACUUACCAACUCCAGAGGCUCGGUGCAUACAGUUUCAUUUCUACUGCAGAUUGGCCUCACACGGGAGAGUGUUACCAUUGAAGCCCAGGAACUGUCUUUAUCUGCUGUAAAGGAUCUCGUGUGCUCCAUUGUUUAUCAGAAGUUUCCAGAGUGUGGAUUCUUUGGCAUGUAUGAUAAAAUUCUUCUCUUUCGCCAUGACAUGAAUUCAGAAAAUAUUUUGCAGCUGAUUACCUCAGCAGAUGAAAUACAUGAAGGUGACCUAAUAGAAGUUGUUCUUUCAGCUUUGGCCACAGUAGAAGACUUCCAGAUUCGUCCACAUACUCUCUAUGUACAUUCUUACAAAGCUCCUACUUUUUGUGAUUAUUGUGGCGAGAUGCUCUGGGGAUUGGUACGUCAAGGACUGAAAUGUGAAGGCUGUGGAUUAAAUUAUCAUAAACGAUGUGCCUUUAAGAUUCCAAAUAACUGUAGUGGAGUAAGAAAGAGACGUCUGUCAAAUGUAUCUCUACCAGGACCUGCCCUCUCAGUUCCAAGACCACUACAGCCUGAAUGUGUAGCCCUUCCCAAUGAAGAGUCACAUGUUCACCAAGAACCAAGUAAGAGAAUUCCUUCUUGGAGUGGUCGCCCAAUCUGGAUGGAAAAGAUGGUAAUGUGCAGAGUAAAAGUUCCACACACAUUUGCUGUUCACUCUUAUACCCGUCCCACAAUAUGUCAGUACUGCAAGCGGUUACUGAAAGGCCUCUUUCGCCAAGGAAUGCAAUGUAAAGACUGCAAAUUCAACUGCCAUAAACGCUGUGCAUCAAAAGUACCAAGAGACUGCCUUGGAGAAGUUACUUUCAAUGGAGCUAAUGAAGUCGAUCCAUCAACAAGCAACAAUAUUCCACUAAUGAGGGUCGUACAAUCCAUCAAGCACACAAAGAGGAAGAGCAGUACAAUGGUGAAGGAAGGGUGGAUGGUCCAUUAUACCAGCAGGGAUAACCUGAGAAAGAGGCAUUAUUGGAGACUUGACAGCAAAUGUCUAACAUUGUUUCAAAAUGAAUCUGGAUCAAAAUAUUACAAGGAAAUUCCACUUUCAGAAAUUCUCCGUGUAUCUUCGCCACGAGAUUUCACAAACAUUUCACAAGGCAGCAACCCACACUGUUUUGAAAUCAUUACUGAUACUAUGGUAUACUUUGUUGGUGAGAACAAUGGGGACAGCUCUCACAAUCCUGUUCUUGCUGCCACUGGAGUCGGACUUGAUGUAGCACAAAGCUGGGAAAAAGCAAUUCGCCAGGCUCUCAUGCCUGUUACCCCUCAAGCAAGCAUUUGCACUUCUCCAGGGCAAGGGAAAGAUCACAAAGAUUUGUCUACCAGUAUCUCCGUAUCUAAUUGUCAGAUCGAAGAGAAUGUGGACAUCAGUACCGUUUAUCAGAUCUUUGCAGAUGAGGUGCUUGGUUCAGGCCAGUUUGGCAUUGUUUAUGGAGGUAAGCAACUACAGCCUUUUGCAUAUUAUUUUGCCUAUAAUUUGCACCACCCUGGGAUUGUAAACCUGGAAUGUAUGUUUGAAACCCCAGAACGAGUUUUUGUAGUAAUGGAAAAGCUACAUGGAGAUAUGUUGGAAAUGAUUUUAUCCAGUGAGAAGGGUCGGCUCCCAGAACGAAUUACUAAGUUCAUGGUGACACAGAUACUUGUUGCUUUGAGGAAUCUACAUUUUAAGAAUAUUGUACACUGUGAUUUAAAGCCAGAAAAUGUGCUGCUCGCAUCAGCAGAGCCAUUUCCUCAGGUGAAGCUGUGUGAUUUUGGAUUUGCACGCAUCAUUGGUGAAAAAUCAUUCAGGAGGUCUGUGGUUGGAACUCCAGCAUACUUAGCUCCUGAGGUUCUCAGGAGCAAAGGUUACAACCGUUCUCUAGAUAUGUGGUCAGUGGGAGUUAUCGUCUAUGUGAGCCUCAGUGGUACAUUCCCUUUUAAUGAGGAUGAAGAUAUAAAUGACCAAAUCCAAAAUGCGGCAUUUAUGUACCCACCAAAUCCGUGGAGAGAAAUUUCUGGUGAAGCAAUUGAUCUGAUAAACAACCUGCUUCAAGUGAAGAUGAGAAAACGUUACAGUGUUGACAAAUCACUUAGUCAUCCCUGGCUACAGGACUAUCAAACUUGGCUUGACCUUAGAGAAUUUGAAACUCGCAUUGGAGAACGUUACAUUACACAUGAAAGUGAUGAUGCUCGCUGGGAAAUACAUGCAUACACACACAACCUUGUAUACCCAAAGCACUUCAUUAUGGCUCCCAACCCAGAUGAUAUGGAAGAAGAUCCUUAAUUAUCCAUGAGCUAACUAACUUCAAUAGGAAGGAUUUCAUUUUAUGGACUGAUAUUUUGCUGCAUAACUGUUCUUUUAGGUUAUCAUCUGCAAGAAUGCAAAGACAUGAGGAAGUAUGAUAAGGAAUCGGUGACACCAAUACUGUAGUUCAUAAUGAGGUACAGGAGGGGAAACAAUAAAAGCAGAUAAUGGAAUCAAGUGAAAUUUUCUAUAUUUUUUUUUAGUAUAAGCAAUAACUGGUUUUGUAUUUUUUCCUAAUCUUUCAUUUUAGUACAAUAGUGCCACUUAAUUUAUCUAACCUUUCCUGUUCUUCCAUUACUUUUUUUAAAGGGGGGAAAAAGGCAAGAAGUAGGAACUUCUGGUCUGAGUGUGGUGAGUGUGUGGUGUCUUCUCAUAGCUCAACUCUGCUGCUAACUAUUCAUGUUCCCACUGACAUCACUGUGAUGGCACAACUGGAUUCCAGCAUUGAGUGAGUGCAGAUCUGAACUUUAAAUGAUUUAUCUUUAUCCAGGGUUGAGUAAUUUGAGGGAGAAAAUUAAAUAUAUGCUAAAAGGAAGGCCAGUGCAGGUCAGUUAAUGCUAGUUACUGUGCAGCAAAUAGUAUCCUUUUUUUUCUUCCCUUAGCUAUUGGACAGCUUUGCAGAUAAAUGUUUUUAAUCAAUUAUAAGCAGUUUGAAGGAAUGGGCAGGAAUAGAGCAUGAAAUGCUUUGUUUGUAAGGGUGGGGCUAUAUUAUCAACACCACAAAUAAAAGAAUGAAGUAUUUCUUUUUACAUUUCAGCCCCAGGAGCCAGCUAUUCUAAAAAUAGUUACUAAUAUUUUCCCCAAAGAAAGUUUAAGAUCUGGGACUAUACAAUCAUAACAAACUAGUGGCUUUUUCUUGCUUUAUUCCUCAGUAAUCAUUGUAGGCCUUUU